AUGCGCUUUCCGACAGGCUUGACAUACGCAACGGUAUUUUUGUAUGCCCUGACAAGUGCUGCAGCACAGUCUUUGCCAUCAUGUUCAGCACAAUGCCUAGAGGAGACACUCCCCCAAUCACCAUGUGCGCCAACCAACCAGACCUGUAUAUGUACCGAUGCUAUUUUCCAAGAGGAACUGGCUGGUUGCGUGGCGGCGAAUUGCACCACCAAGGAGAUUCUAACCACACUUAACAUCACGAACACAGAAUGCGGAGUGCCGGUGCGAGAUAUGACGAGUCCGAGUAUUAUUGUCCCGAGCGUAGGAUAUAUCGUUUUGCUAUUUCUUGCGUCGAGAAUAUACACACGUUUGGUGAUGGUGCCGGGCUCCAAGUUGGGAUGGGAUGACUGGACGGCUAUUGCACUGGGGGCUGUCAUGGUGGCAGUGAAUGCAGGCUCUAUAUUGCUUGGGCAAGCUGGUCUGGGAAAAGACAUAUGGACCCUGGAGUUCGACAAAAUCACGCAAAUCCUGAAGAUUUACUACGUCCAAGAGCUCCUCUAUGUCACUGCCAUCACUCUUACCAAAAUCUGCUUUCUCCUCUUCUACCUACGCAUCUUCCCCAACUCGGGGAUACGCUGGCUUAUUAAUGCAACUACCGGUGUUGUGAUUUGCUACGGCAUUGCCUUUCUUUUUGCCUUCAUCUUUCAAUGCUCGCCCAUUUCUUUUAAUUGGGUGGGCUGGGAUGGAGAGCAUGAAGGGUCAUGCGUGGACAAAAAUGCGCUGGUCCUGGCGUCAGCGGCAGCCAAUAUUGUCUUCGAUUUGUGGGUUAUAGCUCUGCCGAUACCAACGCUGUUGCACCUGCAAACUUCGACGUCGAUGAAGUUUCAGAUUAUUGUCAUGUUCUCCAUUGGUUUUCUAGUCACCGGCGUUAGCAUUUACCGCAUGGUAAUGCUCAAGGUAUUUUCCACAAGUUCGAACCCAACAUGGGACAACGCGCCCGGCGGCUACUGGUCCAUCGUCGAAGUGGAUGUAGGCGUUUUCAUCCUAUGCCUGCCAUCUGCCCGAGCAUUACUCCGGCGUUUCUUCCCAAGCGUUUUCGGUUCAACGAACGGAGGUAUGGACAGUAACAGCCGGGCAACGAACCCAAGGAAGCCUGGGAGGGCAUCAGGCAACCCCUUGGACAAUACAAGCUUUGUCCAGUUGAUUGAAGUAAACCACGACGGGGAAAGUGCAAAACAUUAUGCAAGGGAGAGAACGAAAAGUUAUGGGGAGGAGUCCUGA